UGCAAAGUAUAUAUGCCAAACAGCUCAUGUUUUGGAUCGGCUCACUGAUAACAGGGAUCCCGUAAGGAUGCAAAUUGCCUCGGAGGUGUGAAUACGUCUGACAGAGAAUAACACAACAGACAAUAGAAGGAGACUGGUCGGAUUCAUUAGUUAUCCGCGCUUGACCUCUACAAACAUGCCUGAGGUUCGGGAACUUUCUGAAGCUUUGCCGGAGAUGCCCAUGGACCCCAUCACUGGAGUGGGAGUUGUAGCCUCCAGAAACAGGGCACCCACCGGAUAUGAUGUAGUGUCUACUACAACAGACGGUUUGGAUGCUGACCUGUGGAAAGACGGCCUUUUCAAAUCCAAGGUGACCCGCUACCUCUGCUUCACCAGGGUCUUCUCUAAGGAAAAUAGCCAUUUAGGUAAUGUUCUUGUGGACAUGAAGCUGAUCGAUAUAAAGGACACCCUGCCUGUGGGCUUUAUCCCAAUCCAGGAGACUGUUGACACCCAGGAGCAGGCCUUCAGGAAGAGGCGACUCUGCAUCAAGUUUAUUCCACGGGACUCCACAGAAGCAGCCAUCUGUGACAUCCGCAUCCUGGGACGCUCCAAGCAGGCCCCCCCCCAGUACACCUUCAUAGGAGAGCUUAAUAACAUGGGAAUCUGGUAUCGGAUGGGGACUGUUCCUCGUGCCCAGGACUCCACCCACACACCCACCACCAACAACACCCACAACGUUAACUCAACAUCCAGCUCAGCCGCAGUGCCAGCAGCUCCUAUGCCGAAGCAUAUUUCCAUGACCCUCCCAGCCAGUUUCAGAGGGAAGAACACCACCAGGCCGGACUAUGAGCACCAGAACUCCAACCUGUAUGCUAUCUCAGCGAUGGAUGGAGUUCCCUUCAUGAUCUCUGAGAAGUUCGCCUGCGCCUCGUCUGAUCUGCAGCAGGUUGACCUCAUGGGCAUCACAAUCAAGUCCCUGGCUGAGAUAGAGAAAGAGUAUGAUUAUAGUUUCCGCACAGAGCACAGUGCAGCCGCCCGCCUCCCUCCCAGCCCGACACGAACCUCUCUGAGCUCUGAGGCCUGAAGGACUGCAACCCCAACCACCCCCCUUCCUCCCUCCAUACAACACUCCCCCCUCCCCUACGGACACCAGCAGGACAAACCAGUACACAACUACUGAGGACCUGCCCACAAAAAAGCCAUCUUUCCCAUUCUCAACUCCAAACUCCAAUCUCCAUAUCGACCUGAAGAAAGAAAAAGAAGAAGAAAAAAAGAAACCCUCUCAACCUCUGGGAGACGUCGUGGUCUUUCUGUGUUUGUCGUGCUGUUACAAAUGUAAAGGAGGAAGCCUUUAUGUUUAACUGAAAGCUUUCAGAGACACAAGUUGAAUACAGAGGGAUCACAUGAGUCUGUUGAAAACCACUACGUGCAUCACUCAGCUGGUAUUUACAGUGAGAAUGACUCAUCUAUUGUUGGAUGGACUUUCUCACUGAAGGAAAUGGAAACAUGUAUUUCCUUGUUAAAAGAAUCAUAAAAUGUGGUUCCUCUGUGAUGCAAAUAAGCAUGUCCCACAUGAAGGACAUGUUUGAAACAUUAGUGAUGGAGAGCAGCUCUCUGAAAUGAACUAUUAGUGUGUCUCAUUGGUUACUCACAUGCUGGGAAAAACAAUCUCAGCUUUUUUUUUUCUGGAAACACAAAAGGAAACAAUAGGAUUUUAUUUUGAAGCUUCUCGAUGGGGAAUGAUUGUCCUCUAGGUGUUACUGUAUUAUAGAGGCGUGACUGUAAGCGCACCUUGUGUCUUUGGGAAUUUGUGUGCUUUUCCGUUUUUGCCACAGAUGCUCAAUUAACCACUCCUUCACUGUCUCUGUAUAUGAGCCACAACCACUGUUACUGUGUAAACUCACACAUAUUAUGUCUGCCAAUAACUCUAAUUAUGUUUUAUAUUUUUAACAGGGCUGGGUAUCAGUUUCCAUACUAGAGCCAGUACAACACUUUAAUUGUUUUAUUUUUGGUACAGAUACAAGACGAUUUUUUCACUACUAAUAUUUGUAAAGUGUUUUUAUUUAAAGAGCAUAUUAACACACUUUAACAUGUUCAAAAAAAAUGUGAGUGUCGACUGUUUUCAGUUAUUUUAAUCAACAUACAAUAUCUGCACUGGUAGCAUGUGAAGGAUUCAUAUGUGAAUGAUAUAAAUGAAAAUAAUAAUUAUGUAGAACAGGUCAGUAGCUCACACCUCUGUCUACUUGUGUGUACAUUCUGUUGUUCACAAUGAAAGUGACAGAAGUAGACAGAGGUGUUUCUCACUCACUCGGCCCUGAUCUCUCUUUAUAUUACAACUCCAGUCAAAUGUAAGAGUUUCAUAUUCCAUGUGAGCAUAGAGACUGUGUGUGAUACCUGGAAGCAUCCUGAAGUCUCUCACUCUGUUUUAAUAGGUGCAGCACAGACAUCCACAUUUUUCUCUGGAAUAAGGCACAGUCAGUUAUAGGUAACUGGCUUCCUUUGUUCUAGUGUAUUUAAACACAACAUUUUCUUUUUUUAGUAUUAAUUUAGUCAGUGUUCUCUCUAGAGCCCGACUGAUAUAUCAGUCAACUGAUAUUAUCGGCCGAGAUUGGCCUAUCACAGAUAUAUGGGUAUCUGUGUUUAUACUGUCCGAUAGAUGCCGGUUUACAUAUAGAUAUACAGGCAGCAUUUUAUGUACAUUUAAUCCUUUUUCCUGAUUCAAGUUUUUUCUUAAACUAAAAUAACGCCUCCAAUAUAUACCUUUGUCACAAGUGUUUGGUAACCACAUUUGGAGAACAAAAGGGUGUUUAUGGACAUAUUCUGUGUAUAUGAGAUUAUCAACCCAUAUAUCGAUAUCGGAAUUUUUUUAUUCCCUAAUAUGGGUAUUGGCUCCAAAAAUCCAGUAUUGGCCGGGUCCUAAUAUUAACACUAGAGCCUGACUGAUACUGGAUCUUUGAUGCUGGGGCCUAUAUAACAUAAAAACAUUGUUGCAUAUUGAACAACAUAUUCAGCGAUACCAAUAUAUCUGUGAUAGGUCAAUAUCGGUUGACUGAUAUAUCGGUCUGGCUCCAAUUAACACACACCUCUGUAUAAGAAGAUCAGCUAUAAUGGUCACACAUUUGAUUAAAAUGAAACUUUCUAAUGGAAGAAUAAGUGAAGAAGAUGAUGAAUCUGAGCAGCUACUUGACAGACGUCUUUUAUUUUGUAAAGGUGAAGUGGUACGAUACCCAGCCCUGCUCUCUCUGCUCUCUUUACUUUAACAGCACUAUCUUCACAGUUUUCAGUAUUUAGUUACUUUCACACACACACACACACACCCGAACAAAAACAGUGUUGUCCAGUAAGAGUGCUCUUUUUGUGUUUUGAUUUGAUUACAUGUGAAAAAAAAGCUUUGUGCCUACACAUGCAGAUGUGUCCUCUGUAUAACUGGCAGGUUUGAUUCAGCUCCUUCCUCCUUUUUGAGCCCUUGUAGUUUGAAUCUGUUUAGAAGUCUGUUGACUCUUCAUGUGAGCUUUUUUUUUUUUUUAAACCUGUGUGUCAUGUGAAGCUCAGCACUAAGUCUGAACCACUACAGUCAGUUCUAGUUCAUAGGUCAUAGUUGCUGUUACUUAGCAGCAAAAGCACUGCAUAAAAAUAGUGACCCCUCGAUGUUUUUCUCUAAUGAGCUAAAAAUCAACCAAUUACGUUUCAACUUUCAAGACCCUCCUUAUAAAAAACAUACAUUUCCAAGUCUGCACUGUCCUAACUUCACUCCAACAUGUCUUAACAGGCAGUCCGUGUGUUUAGUGAGACUUUUCUGUUGCAUAUAUGCAGUAUUGUCCAAAAAAAACACCAAGGAGGUUUUUUAUUUCAUUUCAACUUGCAAGUGUGUCAUUAUAUUAUCAAGUCAUUAAUGCAUGGAUUAACUACUUGGACGUUAUAUAUUUUUUUUUGUUUGUCUAAUUUAUUAGUCGUUUCAGUUUUGUGACCAUGUCCUCAAUGCUCUCUUGUUUUUUCCUUCAGAAAUGUGACACACAGUUGUCAUUUUGCACUGUUGACAUGUUCGCUUCGGGGUAAAAGAUGAGCUGUGUGUGUGUGUGUGUGUGUGUGUGUGUGUGUGUGUGUGUGUGUGUGUGAGUGUGAGUGAGAGAGAGAGAGGGAAAGAAUGGACUUAGUGUAUCUGCCUGCUCUUUGACAACUAAACAUGUAUCUUUUUUUUUUUUUUUUUUUUUCAGCGGAGGUGUUUACUUGGAAGCACUUUUGCUGAAACCCAUUAUAGCUAACUAAUAAGAUGUCUGCAUUAACGGCGAGUAACGACCCUGCUUCGAUGUCUGUUAGUUUGCAUGCAUGCUGACGUCAGGUGUCAGAGGUUUCAGUAAGACAGUUAUUUUUGUAGGUUAUUGAUCCAAAGUCACAAUUUUUUGUCUCAUCAAUAGAUUUGAUUCACUGACAAAUGAACAAAACGUC